AUGCCCCAUUCUCCCGCUUUCCAUCACCCGGCCCCAUUCUCCCGCUUUCCAUCACUCCGCCCCAUUCUCCCGCUUUCCAUCACCCCGCCCUAUUCUCUCUCCUUCCAUCACCCCGCCCCAUUCUCCCGCAUUCCAUCGCCCUCUCCCGUUCUCCCGCUUUCCAACACUCCGCCCCAUUCUUUCUCCUUCCAUCUCCUCGCCCCAUUCUGCCGCUUUCCAUCACCCCGCCCCAUUCUGCCGCUUUCUAUCCCUCUGCCCCAUUCUCCCGCUUUCCAUCACCCCCAUUCUCCCGCUUUCCAUCACCUCGCCCCAUUCUCCCGCUUUCCAUCACCCCGCCCCAUUCUCCCGCUUUCCAUCACCCCGCCCCAUUCUCCCGCUUUCCAUCACCUAGCUCCAUUCUCCCACUUUCCAUCAUCUAGCCCCAUUCUCCCGCUUUCCAUCAACCCCAUUCUCCCGCUUUCCAUCACCCCGCCCCAUUCUCCCGCUUUCCAUCACCCCGCCCCAUUCUCCCGCUUUCCAUCACCCCGCCCCAUUCUCCCGCUUUCCAUCAUCCAGCCCCAUUCUCUUGCUUUCCAUCACCCCGCCCCAUUCUCCCUCCUUCCAUCACCCCGCCCCAUUCUCCCUCCUUCCAUCAACCCGCCCCAUUCUCCCUCCUUCCAUCACCCUGCCCCAUUCUCCUGCGUUCCACCACCCCGCCCCAUUCUCCCGCUUUCCAUCACCCCGCCCCAUUCUCCCGCUUUCCAUCGCCCCACCCCAUUCUCACUCCUUCCAUCACCUCACCCCGUUCUCCCUCCUUCCAUCACCCCGCCCCAUUCAACCGCUUUCCAUCACCCUGCCCCAUUCUCUCGCUUUCCAUCACCCCGCCCCAUUCUCCCGCUUUCAAUCACCCCGCCCCAUUCUCCCGCCAUCCAGUGCCCCGCCCCAUUCUCCCUCCUUCUAUCACCCCGCCCCAUUCUCCCGCUUUCCAUCACCCCGUCCCAUGCCCCGCCCCAUUUUCCCUCCUUCUAUCACCCCGCCCCAUUCUCCCGCUUUCCAUCACCCCGCCCCAUUCUCUCGCUUUCCAUCAUCCCGCCCCAUUCUCCCGCUUUCCAUCACCCCGCCUCAUUCUCCCACCAUCCAGUGCCCCGCCCCAUUCUCCCUCCCUCUAUCACCCCACCCCAUUCUCCCGCAUUCCAUCACCCCGACCCAUUAUCCCCCUUUCCAUCACCCCGCCCCGUUCUCCCGCUUUGCAUCACCCCGCCCCAUUCUCCAGCUUUCCAUCACCCCGCCCCAUUCUCCCUCCUUCCAUCAUCCCGGCCCAUUCUCCCUCCUUCCCACUCCCCGCCCCAUUCUCGCGCUUUCCAUCACCCUUCCCCAUUCUCCCGCUUUCCAUCACCCCGCCCCAUCAUCCCUCCUUCCAUCACCCCGCCCCAUCAUCCCUCCUUCCAUCACCCCGCCCCAUUCUCCCACUUUCAAACACCCCGCCCCAUUCUCCCGCUUUCCAUCACCCCGCCCCGUUAUCCCGCUUUCCAUCACCCCGCCCCAUUCUCCCUCCUUCCAUCACCCCGCCCCAUUCGCCCUAUUUCCAUCACCCCGCCCCAUUCUCCCGCUUUCAAUCACCCCGCCACAUGCUCCCGCUUUCCAUCACACCGCCCCAUUCUCCCGCUUUCCAUCACCCCGCCCCAUUCUCCCGCUUUCCAUCACCCCGCCCCAUUCUCCCGCUUUCCAUCAACCCGCCCCAUUCUCCCGCUUUCCAUCAUCCCGCCCCAUUCUCCCUCCUUCUAUCACCCCCGCCCCAUUCUCCUUCCGUCCAUCACACCGCCCUAUUCUCUCUCCUUCCAUCUCUCCGCCCCAUUCUCUUACUUUCGAUCACCCCGCCCCAUUCUCCCGCAUUACAUCACCCUGCCCCAUUCUCCUGCUUUCCAUCACCCCGCCCCAUUCUCCCGCUUUCCAUCACCCCUCCGGAUUCUCCCGCUUUCCAUCAGCCCGCCCCAUUCUCCACCUUUCCAUCACCCCGCCCUAUUCUCCCGCUUUCCAUCAGCCCUCCCCCAUUCUCCCUCCUUCCAUCCCGCCCCAUUCUCCCUCCUUCCAUCACCCCACCCCAUUCUCCCGCUUUCCAUCACCCCUCCCCAUUCUCCCGCUUUCCGUCACCCCACCCCAUUCUCCCACUUUCCAUUAACCCGCCCCAUUCUCCCUCUUUCCAUCACCCCGCCCCAUUCUCCCGCUUUCCAUCACCCCGCCCCAUUCUCCCGCUUUCCAUCACCCCGCCCCAUUCUCACGCUUUCCAUCACCCCGCCCCAUUCUCCCGCUUUCUGUCACCCCGCCCCAUUCUCCCGCUUUCCAUCACCCCGCCCCAUUCUCCCACUUUCCAUCACCCCGCCCCAUUCUUCCUCCUUCCAUCAUCUCGCCCCAGUCUCCCGCUUUCCAUCACCCCGCCCCAUUCUCCUGCUUUUGCAUCACCCCGCCCCAUUCUACCGCUUUCCAUCCUUGUCUCCCGCAUUCCAUCACACCGCCCCAUUCUCCCGCUUUCCAUCACCCCGCCGCAUUCUCCCGCUUUCCAUCACCCCGCCCCAUUCUCCCGCUUUCCAUCACCUUGCCCCAUUCUCCCGCUUUCCAUCACCCCGCCCCAUUCUCCCGCUUUCCAUCACCCCGCCCCAUUCUCCCGCAUUCCAUCACCUCGCCCCAUUCUCCCUCCUUCCAUCACCCCGCCCCAGUCUCCCGCUUUCCAUCACCCCGCCCCAUUCUCCUGCAUUCCAUCACCCCGCCCCAUUCUCCCGCUUUCCAUCACCCCGCCCCAUUCUCCCUCCGUCUAUCAUCCCGCCCCAUUCUCCCUCCGUCCAUCACCCCGCCCUUUUCUCUCUCCUUCCAUCUCUCCGCCCCAUUAUCUUGCUUUCGAUCACCCUGCCCCAUUCUUCCGCUUUACAUCACCUUGCCCCAUUCUCCUGCUUUCCAUCACCCCGCCCCAUUCUCCCGCUUUCCAUCACCCCGCCCCAUUCUCCCGCUUUCCAUCACCCCGCCCCAUUCUCCCUCCAUCCAUCACCCCGCCCCAUUCUCCCGCUUUCCAUCACCCCGCCCCAUUCUCCCGCUUUCCAUCACCCCACCCCAUUCUCCCGCUUUCCAUCACCUCGUAUCAUUCUGCCUCUUUCCAUCACCCCACCCCAUUCUCCUACUUUCCAUCACCCUGCCCCAUUCUCCCUCUUUCCAUCAUCCCUCCCUAUUCUCCCUCUUUCCAUCACCCCGCCAUAUUCUCCCGCUUUCCAUCACCCCGCCCGAUUCUCCCGCUUUCCAUCACCCCGCCCCAUUCUCCCUCCUUCCAUCACCCCGCCCUAUUCUCCCGCUUUUCAUCACCCCGCCCCCAUUCUCCCGCUUUCCAUCACCCCGCCCCAUUCUCCCAUUUUCCAUCACCUUGCCACAAUCUCCUGUUUUCAAUCACCCCGCCCCAUUCUCCCCUUUCCAUCACCCCACCCCAUUCUCCCGCUUUCCAUCAACCCGCCCCAUUCUCCCGCUUUCCAUCACCCCGCCCCAUUCACCUGCUUUCAAUCAGCCCGCCCCAUUCUCCCGAUUUCCAUCACGCCGCCCCAUUCUCCCUCCUUCCAUCAACCCGCCCCUUUCUCCCGCUUUCCAUCAACUCGCCCCAUUCUCCCGCUUUCCAUCACCCCGCCCCAUUCUCCCGCUUUCCAUUACCCCGCCCCAUUCUCCAAUUCUCCCUCCUUCUAUCACUCCGCCCCAUUCUCCCGCAUUCCAUCACCCCAACCCAUUCUCCCGCUUUCCAACACCCCGCCCCAUUCUCCCGCUUUCCAUCACCCCGCCCCAUUCUCCCGCUUUCCAUCACCCCGCCCCAUUCUCCCGCUUUCUAUCGCCCCAACCCAUUCUCCCGCUUUCCAACACCCCGCCCCAUUCUCCCGCUUUCCAUCACCCAACCCCAUUCUCCCUCCUUCCAUCACCCCGCCCCAUUCUCCCUCCUUCCCACUCCCCACCCCAUUCUCGCGCUUUCCAUCACCCUUCCCCUUUCUCCCGCUUUCCAUCACCCCGCCCUAUCAUCCCUCCUUCCAUCACCCCGCCCCAUCAUCCCUCCUUCCAUCACCCCGCCCCAUCAUCACUCCUUCCAUCACACCGCCCCAUUCUCCCGCUUCUCAUCACCCCGCCCCGUUCUCCCGCUUUCCAUCACCCCACCAAUUCUCCCGCUUUCCAUCACACCGCCCCAUUCUCCCGCUUUCCAUCACCCCGCCCCAUUCUCCCUCCUUCCAUCACCCCGCCCCAUUCUCCCGCUUUCCAUCACCCCGCCCCAUUCUCCCGCUUUCCAUCACCCCACCCCAUUCCAUCACCCUACCCAAUUCUCCCGCUUUCCAUCACCCCGCCCCAUUCUCCCGCUUUCCAUCACCCCGCCCCAUUCUCCCGCUUUCCAUCACCCCGCCCCAUUCUACCGCUUUCCAUCACUCCGCCCCAUUCUCCGGCUUUCCAUCACCACGGCCCAUUCUCUCGCCUUCCAUCACCCCACCCCGUUCUCCCGAUUUCCAUCACCCCGCCCCAUUCUCCCGCUUUCCAUCACCCCGCCCCAUUCUCCCGCUUUCCAUCACCCCGCCCCAUUCUCCCUCCUUCCAUCACCCCGCCCCAUUCUCCCGCUUUCCAUCACCCUGCCCCAUUCUCCCUCCUACCAUCACCCCGCCCCAUUCUCCCUCCUUCCAUCAACCCGGCCCUUUCUCCCGAUUUCCAUCAACCCGCCCCAUUCUCCCGCUUUCCAUCACCCCACCCCAUUCUCCUGCUUUCCAUCACCCUUCCCCAUUCUCCCGCUUUCCAUCAUUCCGCCCCAUCAUCCCUCCUUCCAUCACCCCGCCCCAUCAUCCCUCCUUCCAUCACCACGCCCCAUUCUCCCGCUUUCAAACACCCCGCCCCAUUCUCCCGCUUUUCAUCACCCCGCCCCAUUCUCCCGCUUUCCAUCACCCCGCCCCAUUCUCCCGCUUUCCAUCACCCCGCCCCAUUCUCCCGCUUUCCAUCACCCAGCCCCAUUCACCCGCUUUCCAUCACCCCGCCCCUUUCUCCCUCUUUCCAUCACCCCGCCCCAUUCUCCCGCUUUCCAUCACCCCGCCCAAUUCUCCCUCCUUCCAUCACCCCGCCCUAUUCUCCUGCUUUCCAUCACCCCGCCCCAUUCUCCCGCUUUCCAUCACCCCGCCCCAUUCUCCCGCUUUCCAUCACCCCGCCCCAUUCUCCCUCUUUCCAUCACCCCGCCCCAUUCUCCCGCUUUCCAUCACCCCGCCCCAUUCUCCUGCUUUCCAUCACCCCGCUCCAUUCUCCCGCUUUCCAUCCCAUUCUCCCGCAUUCCAUCAACCCGCCCCAUUCUCCCGCUUUCCAUCACCCCGCCCCGUUCUCCCUCCUUCUAUCACCCCGCCCCAUUCUCCCUCCGUCCAUCACCUCACCCUAUUCUCUCUCCUUCCAUCUCUCCGCCCCAUUCUCUUGCUUUCGAUCACCCUGCCCCAUUCUCCCGCUUUACAUCACCCUGCCCCAUUCUCCUGCUGUCCAUCACCCCGCCCCAUUCUCUCGCUUUCCAUCACCCCGCCUGAUUCUCCCGCUUUCCAUCACCCCGCCCCUUUUCCCCCUUUCCAUCACCCCGCCCUAUUCUCCCGCUUUCCAUCACCCCCCCCCCAUUCUCCCUCCUUCCAUCCCGCCCCAUUCUCCCUCCUUCCAUCACCCCGCCCCAUUCUCCCGCUUUCCAUCACCCCGCCCCAUUCUCCCGCUUUCUGUCACCCCACCCCAUUCUCCCGCUUUCCAUCACCCCGCCCCAUUCUCCCUCUUUCCAUCACCCCGCCCCAUUCUCCCGCUUUUCAUCACCCUGCCCCAUUCUCCCUCUUUCCAUCAUCCCUCCCUAUUCUCCCUCUUUCCAUCACCCCGCCAUAUUCUCUCUCCUUCCAUUACCCCGCCCUAUUCUCCCGCUUUUCAUCACCCCGCCCCAUUCUCCCGCUUUCCAUCACCCCCACCCCAAUUCUCCCGCUUUCCAUCACCCUGCCCCAAUCUCUUGCUUUCAAUCACCCCACCCCAUUCUCCUGCUUUCCAUCACCCCGCCCCAUUCUCCCGCUUUCCAUCACCCCGCCCCAUUCUCCCGCUUUCCAUCAACCCGCCCUACUCUCCCGCUUUCCAUCACCCCGCCCCAUUCUCCCGCUUUCCAUCACCCCGCCCCAUUCUCCCGCUUUCCAUCACCUCGCCCCAUUCUCCCUCCUUCCAUCACCCCGCCCCAUUCUCCCUCCUUCCAUCACCCCGCCCCAUUCUCCCUCCUUCCAUCACCCCGCCCCAUUCUCCCUCCUUCCAUCACCCCGCCCCUUUCUCCGGCUUUCCAUCAACCCGCCCCAUUCUCCCACUUUCCAUCACCCCGCCCCAUUCUCCCCCCUUCCAUCACCCCGCCCCAUUCUCCCGCUUUCCAUCACCCUGCCCCAUUCUCCAAUUCUCCCUCCUUCUAUCACCCCGCCCCAUUCUCCCGCAUUCCAUCAUCCCGACCCAUUCUCCCGCUUUCCGUCACCCCGCCCCAUUCUCCCGCUUUCCAUCACCCUGCCCCAUUCUCCAGCUUUCCAUCACCCCGGCCCAUUCUCCCUCCUUCCCACACCCCGCCCCAUUCUCGCGCUUUCCAUCACCCUUCCCCUUUCUCCCGCUUUCCAUCACCCCGCCCCAUCAUCCCUCCUUCCAUCACCCCGCCCCAUCAUCCCUCCUUCCAUCAACCGGCCCCAUUCUCCCGCUUUCAAACACCCCGCCCCAUUCUCCCGCAUUCCAUCACCCCGCCCCAUUCUCUCGCUUUCCAUCACCCCGCCCCAUUCUCCCUCCUUCCAUCACCCCGCCCCAUUCUCCCGCUUUCCAUCACCCCGCCCCAUUCUCCUGCUUUCCAUCCUUCCCCAUUCUCUUGCUUUCCAUCACCCCGCCCCAUUCUCCCUCCUUCCAUCACCCCGCCCCAUUCUCCCUCCUUCCAUCAACCCGCCCCAUUCUCCCUCCUUCCAUCACCCUGCCCCAUUCUCCUGCGUUCCACCACCCCGCCCCAUUCAACCGCUUUCCAUCACCCUGCCCCAUUCUCUCGCUUUCCAUCACCCCGCCCCAUUCUCCCGCUUUCAAUCACCCCGCCCCAUUCUUCCGCCAUCCAGUGCCCCGCCCCAUUCUCCCUCCUUCUAUCACCCCGCCCCAUUCUCCCGCUUUCCAUCACCCCGUCCCAGUCUCUCGCUUUCCAUCAGCCCACCCCAUUCUCCCGCUUUCCAUCACCCCGUCCCAAUCUCUCGCUUUCCAUCAGCCCGCCCCAUUCUCCCGCUUUCCAUCACCCUCUUCCGCUUUCCAUCACCCCACCCAUUCUCCUACUUUCCAUCACCCUGCCCCAUUCUCCCGCUUUCCAUCACCCCGCCCGAUUCUCCUGAUUUAUAUCACCCCGCCCCAUUCUCCCCCUUUCCAUCACCCCGCCCCAUUCUCCCGCUUUCCAUCAUCCCGCCCCAUUCUCCCGCUUUCCAUCACCCUGCCCCAUUCUCCCGCCAUCCAGUGCCCCGCCCCAUUUUCCCUCCUUCUAUCACCCCGCCCCAUUCUCCCGCUUUCCAUCACCCCGCCCCAUUCUCUCGCUUUCCAUCAUCCCGCCCCAUUCUCCCGCUUCCAUCACCCCGCCUCAUUCUCCCACCAUCCAGUGCCCCGCCCCAUUCUCCCUCCCUCUAUCACCCCGCCCCAUUCUCCCGCAUUCCAUCACCCCGACCCAUUAUCCCCCUUUCCAUCACCCCGCCCCGUUCUCCCGCUUUGCAUCACCCCGCCCCAUUCUCCAGCUUUCCAUCACCCCGCCCCAUUCUCCCUCCUUCCAUCAUCCCGGCCCAUUCUCCCUCCUUCCCACUCCCCGCCCCAUUCUCGCGCUUUCCAUCACCCUUCCCCAUUCUCCCGCUUUCCAUCACCCCGCCCCAUCAUCCCUCCUUCCAUCACCCCGCCCCAUCAUCCCUCCUUCCAUCACCCCGCCCCAUUCUCCCACUUUCAAACACCCCGCCCCAUUCUCCCGCUUUCCAUCACCCCGCCCCGUUAUCCCGCUUUCCAUCACCCCGCCCCAUUCUCCCUCCUUCCAUCACCCCGCCCCAUUCGCCCUAUUUCCAUCACCCCGGCCCAUUCUCCCGCUUUCAAUCACCCCGCCACAUUCUCCCGCUUUCCAUCACCCCGCCCCAUUCUCCCGCUUUCCAUCACCCCGCCCCAUUCUCCCGCUUUCCAUCACCCCGCCCCAUUCUCCCGCUUUCCAUCAACCCGCCCCAUUCUCCCGCUUUCCAUCAUCCCGCCCCAUUCUCCCUCCUUCUAUCACCCCCGCCCCAUUCUCCUUCCGUCCAUCACACCGCCCUAUUCUCUCUCCUUCCAUCUCUCCGCCCCAUUCUCUUACUUUCGAUCACCCCGCCCCAUUCUCCCGCAUUACAUCACCCUGCCCCAUUCUCCUGCUUUCCAUCACCCCGCCCCAUUCUCCCGCUUUCCAUCACCCCUCCGGAUUCUCCCGCUUUCCAUCAGCCCGCCCCAUUCUCCACCUUUCCAUCACCCUGCCCUAUUCUCCCGCUCUCCAUCAGCCCUCCCCCAUUCUCCCUCCUUCCAUCCCGCCCCAUUCUCCCUCCUUCCAUCACCCCACCCCAUUCUCCCGCUUUCCAUCACCCCUCCCCAUUCUCCCGCUUUCCCCCCAUUCUCUUGCUUUCCAUCACCCCGCCCCAUUCUCCCUCCUUCCAUCACCCCGCCCCAUUCUCCCUCCUUCCAUCAACCCGCCCCAUUCUCCCUCCUUCCAUCACCCUGCCCCAUUCUCCUGCGUUCCACCACCCCGCCCCAUUCUCCCGCUUUCCAUCACCCCGCCCCAUUCUCCCGCUUUCCAUCGCCCCACCCCAUUCUCACUCCUUCCAUCACCUCACCCCGUUCUCCCUCCUUCCAUCACCCCGCCCCAUUCAACCGCUUUCCAUCACCCUGCCCCAUUCUCUCGCUUUCCAUCACCCCGCCCCAUUCUCCCGCUUUCAAUCACCCCGCCCCAUUCUCCCGCCAUCCAGUGCCCCGCCCCAUUCUCCCUCCUUCUAUCACCCCGCCCCAUUCUCCCGCUUUCCAUCACCCCGUCCCAGUCUCUCGCUUUCCAUCAGCCCACCCCAUUCUCCCGCUUUCCAUCACCCCGUCCCAAUCUCUCGCUUUCCAUCAGCCCGCCCCAUUCUCCCGCUUUCCAUCACCCUCUUCCGCUUUCCAUCACCCCACCCAUUCUCCUACUUUCCAUCACCCUGCCCCAUUCUCCCGCUUUCCAUCACCCCGCCCGAUUCUCCUGAUUUAUAUCACCCCGCCCCAUUCUCCCCCUUUCCAUCACCCCGCCCCAUUCUCCCGCUUUCCAUCAUCCCGCCCCGUUCUCCCGCUUUCCAUCACCCUGCCCCAUUCUCCCGCCAUCCAGUGCCCCGCCCCAUUUUCCCUCCUUCUAUCACCCCGCCCCAUUCUCCCGCUUUCCAUCACCCCGCCCCAUUCUCCCGCUUUCCAUCAUCCCGCCCCAUUCUCCCGCUUUCCAUCACCCCGCCUCAUUCUCCCACCAUCCAGUGCCCCGCCCCAUUCUCCCUCCCUCUAUCACCCCGCCCCAUUCUCCCGCAUUCCAUCACCCCGACCCAUUAUCCCCCUUUCCAUCACCCCGCCCCGUUCUCCCGCUUUGCAUCACCCCGCCCCAUUCUCCAGCUUUCCAUCACCCCGCCCCAUUCUCCCUCCUUCCAUCAUCCCGGCCCAUUCUCCCUCCUUCCCACUCCCCGCCCCAUUCUCGCGCUUUCCAUCACCCUUCCCCAUUCUCCCGCUUUCCAUCACCCUGCCCCAUCAUCCCUCCUUCCAUCACCCCGCCCCAUCAUCCCUCCUUCCAUCACCCCGCCCCAUUCUCCCACUUUCAAACACCCCGCCCCAUUCUCCCGCUUUCCAUCACCCCGCCCCGUUAUCCCGCUUUCCAUCACCCCGCCCCAUUCUCCCUCCUUCCACCACCCCGCCCCAUUCGCCCUAUUUCCAUCACCCCGCCCCAUUCUCCCGCUUUCAAUCACCCCGCCACAUGCUCCCGCUUUCCAUCACCCCGCCCCAUUCUCCCGCUUUCCAUCACCCCGCCCCAUUCUCCCGCUUUCCAUCACCCCGCCCCAUUCUCCCGCUUUCCAUCAACCCGCCCCAUUCUCCCGCUUUCCAUCAUCCCGCCCCAUUCUCCCUCCUUCUAUCACCCCCGCCCCAUUCUCCUUCCGUCCAUCACACCGCCCUAUUCUCUCUCCUUCCAUCUCUCCGCCCCAUUCUCUUACUUUCGAUCACCCCGCCCCAUUCUCCCGCAUUACAUCACCCUGCCCCAUUCUCCUGCUUUCCAUCACCCCGCCCCAUUCUCCCGCUUUCCAUCACCCCUCCGGAUUCUCCCGCUUUCCAUCAGCCCGCCCCAUUCUCCACCUUUCCAUCACCCCGCCCUAUUCUCCCGCUUUCCAUCAGCCCUCCCCCAUUCUCCCUCCUUCCAUCCCGCCCCAUUCUCCCUCCUUCCAUCACCCCACCCCAUUCUCCCGCUUUCCAUCACCCCUCCCCAUUCUCCCGCUUUCCUCUCCCGCUUUCCAUCACCCCGCCCCAUUCUCCUGCUUUUGCAUCACCCCGCCCCAUUCUACCGCUUUCCAUCCUUGUCUCCCGCAUUCCAUCACACCGCCCCAUUCUCCCGCUUUCCAUCACCCCGCCGCAUUCUCCCGCUUUCCAUCACCCCGCCCCAUUCUCCCGCUUUCCAUCACCUCGCCCCAUUCUCCCGCUUUCCAUCACCCCGCCCCAUUCUCCCGCUUUCCAUCACCCCGCCCCAUUCUCCCGCUUUCCAUCACCUCGCCCCAUUCUCCCUCCUUCCAUCACCCCGCCCCAGUCUCCCGCUUUCCAUCACCCCGCCCCAUUCUCCUGCAUUCCAUCACCCCGCCCCAUUCUCCCGCUUUCCAUCACCCCGCCCCAUUCUCCCUCCGUCUAUCAUCCCGCCCCAUUCUCCCUCCGUCCAUCACCCCGCCCUUUUCUCUCUCCUUCCAUCUCUCCGCCCCAUUAUCUUGCUUUCGAUCACCCUGCCCCAUUCUCCCGCUUUACAUCACCUUGCCCCAUUCUCCUGCUUUCCAUCACCCCGCCCCAUUCUCCCGCUUUCCAUCACCCCGCCCCAUUCUCCCGCUUUCCAUCACCCCGCCCCAUUCUCCCUCCAUCCAUCACCCCGCCCCAUUCUCCCGCUUUCCAUCACCCCGCCCCAUUCUCCCGCUUUCCAUCACCCCACCUCAUUCUCCCGCUUUCCAUCACCUCGUACCAUUCUGCCUCUUUCCAUCACCCCACCCCAUUCUCCUACUUUCCAUCACCCUGCCCCAUUCUCCCUCUUUCCAUCAUCCCUCCCUAUUCUCCCUCUUUCCAUCACCCCGCCCUAUUCUCCCGCUUUCCAUCACCCCGCCCGAUUCUCCCGCUUUCCAUCACCCCGCCCCAUUCUCCCUCCUUCCAUCACCCCGCCCUAUUCUCCCGCUUUUCAUCACCCCGCCCCCAUUCUCCCGCUUUCCAUCACCCCGCCCCAUUCUCCCAUUUUCCAUCACCUUGCCCCAAUCUCCUGUUUUCAAUCACCCCGCCCCAUUCUCCCGCUUUCCAUCACCCCACCCCAUUCUCCCGCUUUCCAUCAACCCGCCCCAUUCUCCCGCUUUCCAUCACCCCGCCCCAUUCACCUGCUUUCAAUCAGCCCGCCCCAUUCUCCCGAUUUCCAUCACGCCGCCCCAUUCUCCCUCCUUCCAUCAACCCGCCCCUUUCUCCCGCUUUCCAUCAACUCGCCCCAUUCUCCCGCUUUCCACCCCCCCCCCCCUCUCCCGCUUUCCAUUACCCCGCCCCAUUCUCCAAUUCUCCCUCCUUCUAUCACUUCGCCCCAUUCUCCCGCAUUCCAUCACCCCAACCCAUUCUCCCGCUUUCCAACACCCCGCCCCAUUCUCCCGCUUUCCAUCACCCCGCCCCAUUCUCCCGCUUUCCAUCACCCCGCCCCAUUCUCCCGCUUUCCAUCGCCCCAACCCAUUCUCCCGCUUUCCAACACCCCGCCCCAUUCUCCCGCUUUCCAUCACCCAACCCCAUUCUCCCUCCUUCCAUCACCCCGCCCCAUUCUCCCUCCUUCCCACUCCCCACCCCAUUCUCGCGCUUUCCAUCACCCUUCCCUUUUCUCCCGCUUUCCAUCACCCCGCCCUAUCAUCCCUCCUUCCAUCACCCCGCCCCAUCAUCCCUCCUUCCAUCACCCCGCCCCAUCAUCACUCCUUCCAUCACACCGCCCCAUUCUCCCGCUUCUCAUCUCCCCACCCCGUUCUCCCGCUUUCCAUCACCCCACCAAUUCUCCCGCUUUCCAUCACACCGCCCCAUUCUCCCGCUUUCCAUCACCCCGCCCCAUUCUCCCUCCUUCCAUCACCCCGCCCCAUUCUCCCGCUUUCCAUCACCCCGCCCCAUUCUCCCGCUUUCCAUCACCCCACCCCAUUCCAUCACCCUACCCAAUUCUCCCGCUUUCCAUCACCCCGCCCCAUUCUCCCGCUUUCCAUCACCCCGCCCCAUUCUCCCGCUUUCCAUCACCCCGCCCCAUUCUCCCGCUUUCCAUCACUCCGCCCCAUUCUCCGGCUUUCCAUCACCACGGCCCAUUCUCUCGCCUUCCAUCACCCCACCCCGUUCUCCCGAUUUCCAUCACCCCGCCCCAUUCUCCCGCUUUCCAUCACCCCGCCCCAUUCUCCCGCUUUCCAUCACCCCGCCCCAUUCUCCCUCCUUCCAUCACCCCGCCCCAUUCUCCCGCUUUCCAUCACCCUGCCCCAUUCUCCCUCCUACCAUCACCCCGCCCCAUUCUCCCUCCUUCCAUCAACCCGGCCCUUUCUCCCGAUUUCCAUCAACCCGCCCCAUUCUCCCGCUUUCCAUCACCCCACCCCAUUCUCCUGCUUUCCAUCACCCUUCCCCAUUCUCCCGCUUUCCAUCAUUCCGCCCCAUCAUCCCUCCUUCCAUCACCCCGCCCCAUCAUCCCUCCUUCCAUCACCACGCCCCAUUCUCCCGCUUUCAAACACCCCGCCCCAUUCUCCCGCUUUUCAUCACCCCGCCCCAUUCUCCCGCUUUCCAUCACCACGCCCCAUUCUCCCGCUUUCCAUCACCCCGCCCCAUUCUCCCGCUUUCCAUCACCCAGCCCCAUUCACCCGCUUUCCAUCACCCCGCCCCUUUCUCCCUCUUUCCAUCACCCCGCCCCAUUCUCCCGCUUUCCAUCACCCCGCCCAAUUCUCCCUCCUUCCAUCACCCCGCCCUAUUCUCCUGCUUUCCAUCACCCCGCCCCAUUCUCCCGCUUUCCAUCACCCCGCCCUAUUCUCCCGCUUUCCAUCAGCCCGCCCCAUUCUCCCUCUUCCAUCACCCCGCCCCAUUCUCCCGCUUUCCAUCACCCCGCCCCAUUCUCCUGCUUUCCAUCACCCCGCUCCAUUCUCCCGCUUUCCAUCCCAUUCUCCCGCAUUCCAUCAACCCGCCCCAUUCUCCCGCUUUCCAUCACCCCGCCCCGUUCUCCCUCCUUCUAUCACCCCGCCCCAUUCUCCCUCCGUCCAUCACCUCGCCCUAUUCUCUCUCCUUCCAUCUCUCCGCCCCAUUCUCUUGCUUUCGAUCACCCUGCCCCAUUCUCCCGCUUUACAUCACCCUGCCCCAUUCUCCUGCUGUCCAUCACCCCGCCCCAUUCUCUCGCUUUCCAUCACCCCGCCUGAUUCUCCCGCUUUCCAUCACCCCGCCCCUUUUCCCCCUUUCCAUCACCCCGCCCUAUUCUCCCGCUUUCCAUCACCCCCCCCCCAUUCUCCCUCCUUCCAUCCCGCCCCAUUCUCCCUCCUUCCAUCACCCCGCCCCAUUCUCCCGCUUUCCAUCACCCCGCCCCAUUCUCCCGCUUUCUGUCACCCCACCCCAUUCUCCCGCUUUCCAUCACCCCGCCCCAUUCUCCCUCUUUCCAUCACCCCGCCCCAUUCUCCCGCUUUUCAUCACCCUGCCCCAUUCUCCCUCUUUCCAUCAUCCCUCCCUAUUCUCCCUCUUUCCAUCACCCCGCCAUAUUCUCUCUCCUUCCAUUACCCCGCCCUAUUCUCCCGCUUUUCAUCACCCCGCCCCAUUCUCCCGCUUUCCAUCACCCCCCCCCCAAUUCUCCCGCUUUCCAUCACCCUGCCCCAAUCUCUUGCUUUCAAUCACCCCACCCCAUUCUCCUGCUUUCCAUCACCCCGCCCCAUUCUCCCGCUUUCCAUCACCCCGCCCCAUUCUCCCGCUUUCCAUCAACCCGCCCUAUUCUCCCGCUUUCCAUCACCCCGCCCCAUUCUCCCGCUUUCCAUCACCCCGCCCCAUUCUCCCGCUUUCCAUCACCCCGCCCCAUUCUCCCUCCUUCCAUCACCCCGCCCCAUUCUCCCUCCUUCCAUCACCCCGCCCCAUUCUCCCUCCUUCCAUCACCCCGCCCCAUUCUCCCUCCUUCCAUCACCCCGCCCCUUUCUCCGGCUUUCCAUCAACCCGCCCCAUUCUCCCACUUUCCAUCACCCCGCCCCAUUCUCCCGCUUUCCAUCACCCCGCCCCAUUCUCCCGCUUUCCAUCACCCUGCCCCAUUCUCCCGCUUUCCAUCAGCCCACCCCAUUCUCCCGCUUUCCAUCACCACGCCCCAUUCUCCCGCUUUCCAUCACCCUGCCCCAUUCUCCCUCCUUCCAUCACCCCGCCUCAUUCUACCUCCUUCCAUCACCCCGCCCCAUUCUCCUGCUUUCCAUCACCUCGCCCCAUUCUCCCGCUUUCCAUCACCCCGCCCCAUUCUUCUGCUUUCCAUCACCCCGCCCCAUUCUCCCGCUUUCCAUCACCCCGCCCCAUUCACCCGCUUUCCAUCACCCGCCCCAUUCUCCCGCUUUCCAUCACCCCGCCCCAUUCUCCCGCUUUCCAUCACCCCGCCCCAUUCUCCCGCUUUUCAUCACCCCGCCCCAUUCUCCCGCUUUCCAACACCCCGCCCCAUUCUCCCGCUUUCCAUCACCUCGCCCCAUUCUCCCGCUUUCCAUCACCCCGCCCCAUUCUCCCUCCUUCCAUCACCCCGCCCCAUUCUCCCGCUUUCCAUCACCCGCCCCAUUCUCCCGCUUUCCAUCACCUCGCCCCAUUCUCCCGCUUUCCAUCACCUCGCCCCAUUCUUCUGCUUUCCAUCACCCCGCCCCAUUCUCCCGCUUUCAAUCACCCCGCCCAAUUCACCCGCAUUCCAUAACCCGCCCCAUUCUCCCGCUUUCCAUCACCCCGCCCCGUUCUCCCGCUUUCCAUCACCCCGCCCCAUCCUCCCGCUUUUCAUCACCCCGCCCCAUUCUCCCGCUUUCCAACACCCCGCCCCGUUCUCCCGCUUUCCAUCACCCCGCCCCAAUCUCCCGCUUUCCAUCACCCCGCCCCAUUCUCCCGCUUUCCAUCACCCCGCCCCAUUCUCCCGCUUUCCAUCACCCCGCCCCAUUCUCUUGCUUUCCAUCACCCUGCCCCAUUCUCCCUCCUUCCAUCACCCCGCCCCAUUCUCCCGCUUUCCAUCACCCCGCCCCAUUCUCCCGAUUUCCAUCACCCCGCCCCAUUCACCCGCUUUCCAUCACCCCGCCCCAUUCUCCCGCUUUCCAUCACCCUGCCCCAUUCACCCGCUUUCCAUCACCCCGCCCCAUUCUCCCGCUUUCCAUCACCCCGUCCCAUUCUCCCGAUUUCCAUCACCCCGCCCCAUUCUCCCGCUUUCUAUCACCCGUCCCCAUUCUCCCUCCUUCCAUCACCCCGCCCCAUUCUCUCGCUUUCCAUCACCCCGCCCCAUUCUCCCGCUUUCUAUCACCCCGCCCCAAUCUCCCGCUUUCCAUCACCCCGCCCCAUUCUCCCGCUUUCCAUCACCCCGCCCCAUUCUCCUACUUUCCAUCACCCCGCCCCAAACUCCUGCUUUCUAUCACCCUGCCCCAUUCUCCCUCCUUCCAUCACCCCGCCCCAUUCUGCCUCCUUCCAUCACCCCGCCCCAUUCUCCCACUUUCCAUCACCCCGCCCCAUUCUCCCUCUUUCCAUCACCUUGCCCCAUUCUCCCGCUUUCCAUCACCCCGCCCCAUUCUCCUGCUUUCCAUCACCUCGCUCCAUUCUCUUGCUUUCCAUCACCCCGCCCAAUUCUCCCUCUUUCCAUCACCCCUCCCCAUUCUCCCUCUUUCCAUCACCCCGCCCCUUUCACCCUCUUUCCAUCACCCCGCCCCAUUCUCCCUCUUUCCAUCACCCCGCCCCGUUCUCCCGUUUUCCAUCACCCCUCCCCAUUCUCCCUCUUUCCAUCACCCCGCCCCAUUCUCCCUCUUCCAUCAACCCGCCCCAUUCUCCCGCUUUCCAUCACCUCGCCCCAUUCUCCCACUGUCCAUCACCCCGCUCCGUUCUCCCGCUUUCCAUCACCCCGCCCAAUUCUCCCUCUUUCCAUCACCCCUCUCCAUUCUCCCUCUUUCCAUCACCCGGCCCCAUUCUCCCGCUUUCCAUCACCUUGCCCCAUUCUCCCUUUUUCCAUUACCCCGCCCCAUUCUUCCGCUUUCCAUCACCCCGCCCCAUUCUCCCUCUUUCCAUCACCCCGCCCCAUUCUCCCGCUUUCCAUCACCCCGCCCCAUUCUCCCGCUUUCCAUCACCCCGCCCCAUUCACCCUCUUUCCAUCACCCCGCCCCAUUCUCUUGUUUUCCAUCACCCCGCCCCAUUCUCCGGUUUCCAUCACCCCGCUCCAUUCUCCCGCUUUCCAUCACCCCGCCCACCAUCACCCCUCCCCAUUCUCCCUCUUUCCAUCACCCCACACCAUUCACCCUCUUUCCAUCACCCCUCCCCAUUCUCCCUCUUUCCAUGACCCCGCCCCAUUACCCCUCUUUCCAUCACCCCCCCCCAUUCUCCCUGUUUCCAUCACCCCGCCCCAUUCUCCCUGUUUCCAUCACCCCGCCUCAUUCUCACGCUUUCCAUCACCCCGCCCCAUUCUCCCGCUUUCCAUCACCCUGCCCCGUUUUCCCGCUUUCUUUCACCCCGCCCCAUUUUCACGCUUUCCAUCAUCCCGCCCCGUUCUCCCGCUUUCCAUCACCCCGCCCCAUUCUCCCGCUUUCCAUCACCUCGCCCCGUUCUCCCGCUUUCCAUCACCCCGCCCC